CUGUGGAGCCGCGACAGUUGUAUUGAUGGACGUUUGAUGGCGGCCGACUGUCCCCAACAAAGAUUUACUCCGAACAUUAGAGUCUCUGUUUUGCUGUUUUUAGGACAGAUUGGAGGAAUUUAAGUUUUUAAUCCGGUCACAGGAUCUCUGGUGCCAUGGAAACUGAGGAGCAGGCCCGGAACCGGUUCCAGUCCGAACUGGAGUUCGUCCAAUGUCUGGCCAACCCGAACUACCUGAACUUCUUGGCUCAGAGAGGAUACCUGAGAGACAGACCCUUCAUCAACUACCUGAAGUACCUGCUCUACUGGAAGGAACCCGAAUACGCCAAGUUCCUCAAGUAUCCUCACUGCCUCCACAUGCUGGAGCUGCUGCAGUACGAGCACUUCAGGAAGGAGCUGGUCAACGCUCAGUGCGCCAAGUUCAUCGACGAGCAGCAGCUGCUGCACUGGCAGCACUACUCCAGGAAACGCACGCGGCUGCAGCAGGCGCUGGCCGAGCAGCAGCAGCCGCCGCAGCAGCCGCCGCCGCACGGCAACGCCGCCGCCAAGUGACGCCGCCGCCAUUCCUGCUGGGAACCGAGUCCCAGGCUGGAGCGACACGGGUCAGCGGACACGGACCGGGUCGGCGCCGUCCGUGGACUUCAUGGAGACGAAGCUGCAGCUCAUGUGGGGUUCAGGAGUGAAGGAGGCGUCAGAAAGCUGCUGACGUCAUUUCUCAGUGUUUCUUCUGAUUUUCUGACCUUAAAUUCACGUUUUACACCAUCAACAAGUUUGUAUUUAUUUCCUGUUUCUGCUGCUUUCUUCUGGUUUUGUAAUAAAACGUUUGGAUUUA